AUGACGGAAGAUCAAGAUGCAAAAGAUUCACAUUCGGACUCUGGCAGCAAAACAUUCGUCAACAAAAAUAAAGAUAAAAAGGCGAAACCACAUCGACCACUGACAAAAAUAAUAUUAAGACGGCUACCGUCUUCUAUGACAGAGGAAGCGUUUCUUGAGCAGGUGUCGCCAAUUCCUGAACAUGACUACUUCUACUUUGCUAAACCAGACUCUUCACUUGGGAACAAUCUUUAUUCAAGAGCUUACAUAAACUUUGUGAAUGUUGACGAUAUAUAUCUCUUUAGAGAUAAAUUUGAUGGGUAUGUUUUUCUGGAUGAAAAAGGUGUUGAGCAUGUAGGUAUAGUGGAGUAUGCACCAUUUCAAAGAAUACCUAAGAAAAAGAAGAAGAAGGACCCUAAAUGUGGAACAUUGGAGAGUGACCCCAUUUAUCAGGAAUUUUUAGAAAACCUAAACAAAGAUCAAGAGGUUGACAAUCAGCCCAAACUGGAGUAUUCUUAUCCUGUAAAUGAUGGCAAUGAUAAGAAAGUUCAAACAACGCCGUUGCUUGAGUAUCUAGCGGCCCGGAAACAAGACAAGAGAGGAAGGGAUGAACGACGCAGGAGAGAAAAUGACAAACGAAAAAUGAGAAUUGAAAGGAAAUCUAAAGAUUGUUCUAUCAGGGAAGAAGAUACAAUUGAGGGUGAUGUUAAGAAAAUUAAACCGAGGGAGUGGGACAAAGACAAGUCUAACAAUGAAUUAAAGGAUGAUAGUGAUGUUUAUGAAACAAGAUCUUACAAAGAUCGCAAGAUAGGUUAUGGGUCUGGUCUUGACAGAAAGAAAAGACUGGAUGACAAAAAAGGUUACAAAGAUGAUGAAGAUUUCGAAGAAGCCGACGCAAAGAAGGAUAAGAGCGAAAAGUCGUCAGAAUCACCUCGCGACCAGAAAAUCAAAAAAUAUAGUGAUACAAGGAAAGAAAAAAACAAGGUAGCUGAUGGAAAAUCAGAUAAGCAAUCAGCUAUAAACAAAAUGAUGUCAGAAAAACUCAAGUCAAUGAAUCAUGAUGACAUAAAGCCAUUCACUCAGCUGCCUCAAGUGAAAACUGAGGAUUUAACUAAACUUCUUGAAAGCAAGUGGAAGGGUGAAGAGUCAAAAUCAUUAAAAGACUCCAAUGAUGAUGUUUUCACCAAUAGAAAAGAAAAUGAAAAAGCAAGCAAUACUAAAAUAAGAAGAAAUAGUCUAGAACCUGGUGAUCUUGCAUCGCCAGACGAAUGUAUGCUUGAAAAGCAGAUAUCUUAUGAGGACAGAAGUAAGUCUAUAGAGAGAGAAGAUUCUGAGGAAAAAGAGAAGAGUGAAAGUAGCGAACGCCGUACAGAGAAGAGAAUCAGGAAUAAGGAUCGGCCUAGCCUUGUAAUUUACCAGCCAGGAAUGGGAAAAUUCAGUAAACAGCGCAUAGCGAAAGACGCCGCACCCGCUAAGACGGUGAACGAAAGCGAAAAAAAGGACACUUGA